ACCGCACCGGGCCACAAUGGACGGGCGCCGUGCCGCUUGCGUUCGUUCCUGUCGCUGUUGCUGUCGUUGCUGCUGUGGUUGCUGCUGUCGUUGUUGUUGCCGGCGAAGAGAUAGAGGUUCGGUUCGGUUCGGUGCGAUGCGAUGAGGUUCGAAAUUUCAUUCCCGUCUCGUCUCCACGAAUCAUGUCUUUGGUUGUGUCUCUGUCUCUUUGGUUGUGUCUCUGUGAUUGUGGUUGUGAUUGUUGGCCACGCGCACGAAUCGAUUCGAUGCAGAUUCGAUCCUCUUCCGCAAUAUCUCCCUCCGGCGAGGCGGGCGUUGGCAUUGCAUGAAUGUUUGCGAAACAGAAACACAAACACAAUCAGAAACACAAACACAAUCAGAAACACAAACACAGGGAUCGUGCGUUCGUCCACCAUCCAUUGAUUUUACUAAUUUUACACCGAUCCGAGACGGAAGAUCACAUCGCCCGCAGGGAGAGCAGAGGCCUUGCAGCAACGAAGGAAGGAAGUGUGGAAGUUCGGGCCGGGUUAACAUUCUCUCGUCGCCGGGUCUGUUCGCGAAUCCAAUUCGGAGUAGCCUUCGAGUGUUAGCACCUACGGUCUGGAUGCUAGCACUGGAUUAGAUUGGAUGCUUUAAGCUUCGACAGAGGGAGCUGGAACGACCACAAGGCCACCGUCGUCGGCGGCAUCAACCGAAGCAUCAACCGAAGCAUCGAUCCUUCCCCGGCCGAUGGACCCGGCGUUUCGUCACCCGGAUUAUCUCCGGCGGCGACAACAAGCCCCGCCCAGCAGAGGACCGCACACCGCCGUGUCGGUGUCGGUCUCGGUGUCGAUGGAACCCCCACAAUACCAACCACAACCAAAAACCACCAAAACAACCACAACCCCGCCGCUUUGGGCGUCAAUGCCCUUGCGCAAUGCACCCUGCUUGCCCCCGCACCGUGCAUUACGAGCCUAUUACGAUCGGCAAGCCGCGACCACAGCCCCACCGCGUUGGGCGUCAAUGCCCUUGCGGGAUGCACCCUGCUUGCCCCGUUCCCACCUUGCGAUACGAGCCUAUUACGAUCGGCACGCCACGACCACACCCCCACCGCGUUGGUCGUUGAUGCCCUGGCGCAAUGCACCCUGCUUGCCCCGGUCGCACCGUGGACGCAAGGCCACUCCGUUCGUCGUGGAUCGAAACGGAGGGGCCGAGGCCUUUUCCGAACGAAGAGGCGGGAGGAACAAUCCCAUCGUCGUGGAUCCGGAAACGGACCCUUUGGUUCCACCCCCCCCCGGAGGCAGCAGCCACCGCAACACACACAAACAUCGAGGGGUGAUUCCCAUCGAUUUGACGCGGUCUCCCCCACGGGGAGACACCAACACCUCUUGGAAACAGAAACCGCGGGGAAAGAAGAGUGGCGGCGGCGGUUGCGUCGUCGAUCUAUCGCAUUUGUCGUGCGAGGAAGACGCCGGCGAAGGGAUCGCUCUCGAACCCCUUUCGUCGUCGUCUCGGAAAGGGUCCCACCGAAAGCACCUUGCCCCCCCAAAAGGUCCUCCGAGAAAGCAUGCUUCCGCGGGCAGGCGGGCGGGCAAGACAGGGAAGGCCACCGGUGUCCGUGCCGGUGCCGAUGCCCUCUCGAACGAACCACCCGCCGGGACCGCCGCGGCAAGGGCGACCGAUUCCAAACCAGCAACGGCUGCCACGAAUGCCACGAAUGACUCUGCAUCAGCCUCUGCCUCUGCCUCCACCGAGGGCCACCGAAACGACCACCGUGCGGGCGAAAAAGACCCGGCUCGGAAGGCUUCCGGAGAACCCGAAACGGCCAAGGGUUUGGAGCCGCGCGGGGCCGAGCGGAAACGAAGCAAACCAGAGGGGGACGCGGUGGGGAAGACGACGAGGAGGAGGAGGAGACGGACGCUUCCCAUGGCAAUGGGAACAAGGGGCGGACGCAACCACAAGGAUAUUACCGGGGCAUCGCGAUCGGGACCGACGACACGAUCCAUGGCCAAGGCUCGGAUCUCUCCAAAACUUGUUUGUGCUAGCUUGUUUGCGUCACUCGAGGGAAGAAGGAAAAGGAAGGCCACCAGAGCCGGGAGGAGGAAGGGACCGAACUCUUCGGAUUGGCGGGKAAGGGKUACAUACUACGAAACUUGUCGUUCUGCUACCCGUGGCGACCAUGCGAGGAAUCCCGGAAACACGCUAGGCCUCCAUCGCAACAAGUCUUUUACACGAUUGCAAUGGAUUACGAAAGAACGAAACACGGCCGACGAUGGUUUGGGUAGGACCUGCACUGUUGUUUAUGCUAUACACAAACACAUCGUGGCUUCGAGCAAGUAUUUUCACCGACUUGUUUUCGGAGGUUACUACUCCGAAUCGCAUCGAAAGCAGAGCGAAAUCGAACUGCCGAGGCAGUUUUGUGAAUCUGGUUUGGUCUCCAUUCAGGAUUUCGAGUCAUUUCUCGAUUGGUGCUACCUGGGAAAAGUGAAAAUGACUCCAUCCAAUGCUUUGGGAAUCAUGUUUCUGAGCGACUAUUUUUGCGCGGACGGCUUGAAGACAACAACGGAAGGCUACAUCGAGCAGUUUUUGGUGUCGUGCCACAGGAAACAAACCAACCCCAAGUCACUAGGUUUGGCACAGCUCUAUCAAAACGCCAAGAUUAUCGGGAGACACGAUAUUCGAGAUGCCGUGGUAAACGUUUGCGCCCUACAUCCCUCCUUUAUGUCCAGGGAGUUCAAACUUACCGAAACGUUGCGGGACGUGGAAUUCUGGAUGGCUGUGUUCACUGCCAAAUCCAAAGGAAGAAAGCUCCGUUCCGCUACCGAGACCGAAGAAUACUGGAGCACGAUUUUUGUCGAUUUUGUUCGGCAAUAUCCCGAGGCCGUCAACGCCGAGAGUUUCAAAUUCCUCACGUCGAAGCGAUUUCUACCGAAAAUAUCGAAGUAUGCUUCCAGCUGGCUCAUGGAACAAGAGCAACGCCUCGUUUCUGGAGAACAGUCAGAAUGCAAUUCGAAGAACGAGCAGGAUGGGAUCAAUUGUCUUCAGCAACGUUGUAUCCAGGCAUUAUUUGGUUGAUUCGAUUUCUGCAAUCGUUUUAUGAACCGAUUGCGAUCCGGUGUAAAGGGAAACAAAGAAAAAAAUACUCGCCACGAAACGAUUGGAGUCCAAUACGAAACAAAACAAUGAUGCAGUUGUCUAGUAAGCUAUGUCGCCAAUUGCAAUGGCACACCAACUAGAUUCGUAGAUGCGUUAAAAAGUAAAAUCAAUUGGACAUA